AGUAAAACCGAGGAAAAAGAAGCUCAAACUUAAAUGCCCUUUCAAAGCCGACCGGUUACGCCGUAGCCGAACAUGUCCGCCACAAGAUAUCGCCGGUUUUUAAAACUGUGCGAGGAAUGGCCGCGGGAUGAGUCGAAGAAAGGUCGGGAUUUGGGGACGUUCCUCCGUCAGAGGGUAGCGCACGCCUUCCGCGAGGGGGAAAACACGCAGAUUUCAGAUCCGGAGAAGUGCGACCAGAUGUAUGAAAAUUUGGCCCGUAUCAACAGUAAUGUAUACAGAGAGAGAUUCCCUCGAGUAAGAGACACUAGCUUUACCGGCGUUACAGUGGAAGAAUGUAAACUGCUUUUGUCAGGAAGUAUGCAGCAGAUGGAUGAGGAAAAGAAAGGUUUGUGGAAGACGUUAAUGGAGCGAUUCUCCUCGAAGUCGCCAGAAGAUGGUCCGGCGAAGGCUCCUGAAAAAUAGCAUUUUCCACUGCAUUCUCUUUUCAUCCUGUUUUAGAAAUAAAGCUUGUCAUCGGUACCGCGGCUUCAUGUUUUCAUGACAUGCUUGAGGCGUAAUGGCGCUCACCAAGAGAUUCUAGACUAUUAGUUUUUGAAUGUUGUAACCAACAUCGCUUCAGUUAAUACAUUGCUUCAGUAAUGUAAUAAAGCUGUAGAUCAUAUACUGUAUGUUUUAAGUAAGCCUUAGCAUCAGCGGUCCGAAUGACCUCGCUUGAAAGCAGGCCCAACGUCUUCCAAGUAGGGCUAGCGUAAGUUCAAUUUCCAGUUAUCGCUUUGAAUAAAAGCUCUCCAUU